CCGGCUAACCAACGGACUCACUACCGGGCGACAACCUUCACCGUGUAUCUGCUUAGACACCUCAGUGACAAGCCAGUCUUCGAGAUUUGUGAAAGUAAAAGAAAAGACUAUGGCACAACAACAGAGAAAUGAGACAUUCAUGCCGCCUGCUGUUCCCCGGCCCGGUAGCGCCCCCUUGCGGAGGCCCCCGUCUUACCAGGGAAUACAUCAGCCGUGGAUGGCGGAGAUACCCGGCCAGGUGCGCCCUCUAUCGGCGGGGGCAAACGCUGACGAACGCUCUUGGUCGUGGUCACCAAGUCUUUUAGGAUCAUCUGGAUACAGUUCGGCAGCAUCCCUGUCUGGCGAGUCUUCAAGUCCAAAGGGUGCUUCCGGUGACACCCGUGCUAAAGCGACACCUGCCGGUUACAAUUCUACCUACAAGAUCCGUGACUGCCCACAAAUCGACCAAUACAAGCGUCUCUUGGAGAAAAUAGCAGACCGGCUGAACACCGACGAGGUUGACAGAAUGAAGCGGCAGUGCAGCGUCCCGGCAGGCACGUCUGAGAGGAUGAGGAACAACCGUGACUUCAUGCAAUGGCUGAUCAACACGGACAAGAUCAAUCAAGACAACCUGAGUAACCUGGGUAUUCUCCUCUACUAUGUGAAUAGGCCUGAUUUGGUGGAGAAAAUCCGCAGCUAUGAAGAGGACCACGGCGUCCCCAUUGACCGCAGGACCCCCACCAUCCUGCAAAGUUCCUCGUCAGACCCAGAGGAACUGACAGACUGCCAGACAUAUGCCAACGACAUGGCAGAGAGGCUGGAUCAACUCCGAGAAAGGUACGUUGAUGUUAAUACCUUUCACAUUUUCUCUGUUCCACCUUAUAGAAGUAGACUCAGUAUAAUGACAAGCAAAAAAACUAUUCCGUUUACCUAUAGGUCAAUGCGCGCCGCCAUGUUGAUCUAUGACGUCAUGUGUCAGCCAUCUUGGAAUCAUCCACUCACCCAUCUCAUCUGAUCGUAGAGAAAGAAUUGGUCCAACCAAUUUAACACAUCAUGACAUCAUUACUCUAUCAAUCAUCAUUUAAUCAAUCAUGGAUUUGCCAACUGUCAAACUAUCUGU